UCUAGACGAGGAAGAAGCAGUACAGUCGCUCACCUGCAGGAGGAAAAUAGAAAACAAAAGUCCUGUCAAGUUUCUCGUGUUAGAAGUAUUAUAGGUACUUUAUUCUUUCUUACUAGUAUUUAUAUUCUAAUUAUAGAAGGUUUUUAGGGUUAUUUAGCUCUUUUUUUGUUAACCGAAAUUAGCCGACGCUAGAGAGCCGCCAUGUUUUAUAAAAAGGCUCUUUAACGAGCAUCACUUUUCUCUGACGCAUUUCACUUUAUCGUUAACUCCAGGCCUGAUUUCGCUUUCUUAUGGUGUCGGGUGGUUGGUGGUGGUUGUCAGUUUUCUUAUCAUGGACUAAUUAGAGGGUAUGUUGAGAUUAUCCAGUGUUUCCAGUCUUGUCCGCAGGGCUCUGUGUGUUAGCGCUGAGGAAAUGGGUAAGAAAGGUAGAUUCUUUUACGCCGUAAGGAAAGGACACAGACCUGGAGUCUACCAGACAUGGGACGAAUGCAAAUUUCAGGUGGACAAAUUCCCUGAUGCUCGGUAUAAAAAGUUUGCUGUUGAAGAUGAAGCAUGGGCUUUUGUAAGGAAUGAACCAGCAUCAUCAUCAUCAUCAGAGAAGCCUGAAGCCACUAAGCAUACCACAAGUGUUCCUGUCGCCUCUAAAAGGUCUGUCGAAGAAGACAAGGUUGAUGGAGGGAGUGUAAAGCGAGUGAAACUGGAGCCCUCUGCUGCUGAAAGUACUAAGGGGUUCACCUACAUGGGAGAUGCUGUGGUGGUGUACACAGAUGGCUGUUGUACCAAAAAUGGAAGACAUGGAGCUCGUGCAGGGAUCGGCGUGUACUGGGGACCCAAUCACCCUCUUAAUGUUUCAGAGAGGUUAUCAGGGAGACAAACCAACCAACGAGCCGAACUACAGGCAGCCUGCAGAGCACUAGAACAAGCCAUAGAUAUGGACAUCAAAAAGCUGGUUCUCUACACAGACAGCAAGUUCACUAUCAACGGCGUUACCAGCUGGGUGAAGAACUGGAAAACCAACGGCUGGAGACUCAGUACAGGUGGUGCAGUGAUCAAUAAAGAGGACUUCCAAAAGCUUGAUGAACUAAAUGAAGAGCUUGAUGUUAAAUGGAUGCACAUCCCUGGUCAUGCUGGCUAUUUGGGAAACGAGGAGGCAGACCGACUCUCUAGAGAAGGAGCAGCAAAACCUUAGUGGUAACUGGCGUCGGCUAAUGAAGACUGCUGUGUUCAUGCUUGAGCUCAGGUUAUAAAUAGUGUUUGCGUGUGUCGUCACUGAGUAACGCAAACCCCUGCACUUUUUUUUUUCCAAUUUUCAUUUUACAUUUUUCUGUAAAUGAAUAUUUGUUUUAAUGUGUUUCUAGCUUUUUCUGGGCGCAAACCUUUACAGACAUGGUUUGUGGAUUUCUAACCAUAUAAUUACGUGUAAUAACCAGCAGUUAAAUGUUAGUAGACUGUAUGAAGUAAUUAUUUAUCAGUGUAUAAUUUGUUUUGUUCAUUUGUGAAAAUCCACCCACUGUAAUACUGCAGUUAAACACCAGAUGGCACUACUGUUUUUUUCACAUUGGUCCAGAAUGGAUGUAUAAUGUUAUAGAAUGGUGAAAGAAAAUGCAAAUAGUCAGGAGACAUUUUAAACUAUUUCUGUGUUGCUUAAUAACUUGCACUGUGCCUUACAAGCUUUCACCACUUUUUUUUUUUCUUUUAAGGCACAGAUAUGUUUGUAACAUCUAAUAAACACUGGGGAAGGCCCAUACAUUUGUGGCCUUGUUUUAGAUGUCUGGUUACUAGCAAGAUAUGUGCGAUGUGAUGGUCAGUCAUCGUUUUAUUUCUUGUUUUUUUUACUCAGCAUCGACACGCAUAAUGUGCUGAUUUGAUUUACUUGGAGAAGUAUGGCCUCUCAGGUACGUGCUCAGCAGUGAGAUGGUGUCCUCUGAGCAUCGGCUGUUUGUUUCCAGUCUGGCUGGAUGAGUGCUCUCUCCAGCUCUCUGCAGUAAGCCUGUGUCUAGACAGCGAUGCUACACGUUAAAAUUCUGAUAAGCCCCGCAGCAAAGAGGGAGAGUGAGAACAUAUUCUCCUUCAUGAGAAGAAGGCAGGUGUGAAUCCCAACAUAGCUCCCAGCAUGCUCUGCUCUGAUCUCCACUGCAGCACCUCGGCUCCUCUGGAGGCCUGCGGAGACGUGUAUCAUUGACGCUGGGAUAUGAAGGCAAUACCUUUGGGCGAGACUCAGGAUUCAUAUAGCUAGCAGGGUGUUGAGUGUAUAUCACCUCACACAGCUACUAGUUGUCAGUGGAGCUUUUUCGCUGUACACAGAACUCCAUCGUGUGUAUGUAGCACGCACACACCCAGAUGACAUUAGUAUACAGUGCUGCAGUCUUUCUGAUGGAGCUGAAAGCCACGAACUUCAGUCAGAACUGCAGCAGAGCACUUCAAAUUCAGCUCCUUCUGACAGACUGGUGCAUGGCCUUUACUGGCAUGACACAUACAUGCAAGCAAAUGGGUUCCAAACAGUGCAUGUUCUGAAUCGGAGAUCCCUCCACCUUUCUCUGUUUGAUAGUCAGACAUGGCGCUAAUUCAUCGAAGAUGAAGGGAGUGGAGGAGGGGCAGCAAACACACCGUCAUUAGCGCGCAUCUGGUCUCGCGGCUCUUCAAACAGCGCCUCGCAGCUGACUCGGCUCCUCCAACCUGGGAGCAGAAAGUGUAGGGGAAUUUCCGAUAAUGAAUCCAGCGCGAGGCCUUCUUUUUUGCUGUAACAUCAAUGGCGGCACCACGCUGUGUAGGCACAGGGAGUCACAAUCAAACACAUUGGCACAUCAUAACCGAGCCGACAUCUGUUUCCAUGACAGCUGUCUGGAGCAACAUCAGCAUAAGUAACUCCCGCCUCAGAACUUAGCCUGACUGUUUGAUAUCUCUAGUGAAAAGCGAGAAGAUGAUUCUGUUAGGAAGGCUGGCUGGUUUGUUGUUUGGUUCUGCUAAUGUAGAAAAGGAAGUUUGGAGUCUGUGAAGAUGGCGGGAUCAGAAAGCCGAGUGGUUAGUGAACCAACUCCGAUGAGCUGUGUGAAAAGCUUCUUGAGUGGAGAGAGAAGCAAUACAGACACUAGUGAGGGUUCUGAAGUCGUGCCGAAGAGCAGGCAGAGAGUUUGGUGGGUACAAAUCUGGGAUGAAGCAAUCUCAGUGGCCCUUCAGCAUCUCUGAGUGAAACAUGAAAGAGGUUGAGCUACUAUUUUAUUCUCAGUCUUCCUGUCAUCCAUCUCUGUCCAUUCAAUCUGUGUAGGUGCUUUACUCUGGGCCUGUUCUGUCAGGGGUCGGGAUCCAUCCUGCCUGACUUACACAUGCUUGUGAGGGGGACUCUUUUACACAGCAAGGUUAAUACAGACACUGCAGCAUUCUGCUGCUCCUCAAUUGCCCCCAGUUCCCCAAGCCAUGCUUCCAUAUCUAACACAACAAAGUGUGUUGUUUUAAAAGGAUAAACUACAGUAUCUUGGUUCCUAGACUGUAUAAUACACUUUCAUAUGCUAUACAGCCAAAAAGGUUGUUGAAACCUGACCCUAUUUAUGCAUAUCCCCUUUCAAACCUGGUCCCCCGUUUCCUGUUAAUAAUAACCUCCACUCUUCUAGAAUGGUUUUAGAUUUUGGAGCAUGACUAUGGGGAUUCAUUCAUUCAGCCCUAAGAACAUUACUGAGGUUAUACACAUGGUUGGUGUUCCAGUGCAUCCUAAAGUUGUUUAGUAGGGUUGAAGGUCAGGGCUCUGUGCAAGCCACUCAAGUUCAUCUAUUCCAGUUUUGGGUGUCACUUUGUGCACAGGGGUAUUGUCAUGCUGAAACAGACUUGGGGAUCUUAGUUUCACUUUAAGGGAAAUGGUAAUGUUACAGCCUAUUAAGACAUUCUAGACAAUUGUGUGCUUCCUGCUUCCUGGCAAUUAUUUGGGGUGGAACCACAUAUCCACAAACGUUUGACCAAAUAGAUCCCAAAAUUUUAGUGGGAAUUCUUAUUUUAAAAUAAAAACAGAUAGUGAAUGUUAUAAUCUUGAUUUCCCUUAUAGACAGUCUCUGGUUCUGCAGGACUGUUACUAAUGCCUCCUUACCCAGUAUGUGUUGAAUGCUGCAAUGUUGUGAAUCUCUCACAUUACUGCAGAUGUACAUGGAUUUAUGGGUUUCACAUUUAUCCUCCUCAAUUUGUGAAUUAUUAAUUAUAUUCAGUUCAGUUGCCAGUUAAUAGUCUCCUUUAAGGAUUCAGCUGUAGAAUUUUUUUUUUUUAAUAAAUAGAAAUGUAUUAAUUUCUGCGUCUGUCCAAUGUUAAAGUAUACAUGCAAUGAAAGCAUUGUGUCCUUGACCUGGAUAGUGCAGAUGGCCAGGUGAUGCACUUCCACUUAAGAGGGAGAACUUGGAAGAGUAUGAAGUGCUGUGUGGCCUCCAGGCUGACAGUUUGUGAUUAGCUCAUCAGCUCAUAAACCACCACUCAGUAGAAACUUGCUCCAUCUACAUAAUAGUGAAGAAUGAAUUAUUACAAUAUUGCAAUCUUUCAAGUACUUUGCUUACCGGAAACAAGAUUUCCAGGUAAGUUCUUUGUGCAUGUUUGUGCCUGCUUGAUAUGAACUUUUAAAAGAAGCUCUUUAUCUGCAUGAUUUCAUGCAUUAUGCUGCUGCCACAUGAUUGGAUAACUGCAUAAAUGUACAGGUGUUCCUGUUAAAGUGUGCAGUAAGUGUAUGUUGGGUUCAUGGCACAAGACAUCCUUCAAGACCUGCAUUGCUGAUCUGAAAUAAAUUGUCAGUCAACUUUACUGUCUAUUAACCUGUUAAACAGAUGAAACGUUUCAGUGAACCUCAGGAAGACUCUGGAACUGAACGUUCUACCAAAUUCUACAGAGGGAAUUCUCUGUCUGUGUUUUGAUGAUGGUGAUGGUCACUAACAUGUCACUAUAAAGUGGUGGCUAAAAGCUAUAGCACCAUUUUCAUACUGGUGAAUGGGAUGGGGACAUUGUUGUCUUUGAGGAGAACCACUCGCAUUAGGGUGAAAAUGAUUUAUUACCUAAUAAAGGUGAUCAGUGAGAAGAAUCUUGGAAUGAUCUGUCAGGAACAAAUCUAUUUAAAUGGAUGAACAUACAAUCUUCCACAGCAUAACGGGUCACAGGUAAAAUCACUGAAAUAUGUUUUGAUGUAUGUUAUUCUACAGAACAAAUGUAGAUGUGUUGAAAUUAACUGUACAUAAUAAAAUCCAAUAUUUGUGA